GAAUAUUUGAGUUUUCAACAGCAGAGUGCUCUUUACAGCGAAUCGUAAAGUUGUUCACUGGAAAAUUAGAUCACAAUUAAAGUAAUUUUGUAGUUUUUCUGUCCAAGGUGUGUUUCAGAAACAUCAUUUAGUUUGGUGUAACCGUUUCCUUUUGAACAUGACAGUUUCAAGUUGCAUUCCAGAUCAUGGUGCUUUAGUAAAAGUCGGAAAAAGGUCUAAGCUGCAUUUAAUAGCGUGAAAAAAAGUAAUUUCCAAAGUAAAGCACAUAAACACACACACACCGUGAUUCAGAACAGAUGUCAUGAUGCAAAGAAAUAUUAUUAUGAUUAUUAUAAUGAUCAUUUCAUUUGGAAGCUGUGGGUAAUGUUUCUAAUAAAGAACUUAAUAGCUCUGCAGGAUAAAUAUAGUCUAGUUAGUUCUCAAGUAAUCAAGGAAUAAAAAUUUUUAAUAGAGAAGAACAAUUGAGUUCAUUAGUACCGUCAUUAUAAAAUUGGUAAAAUUUAAAAAAAAAAAACGAAUCUCUUGUGCAGGAAUAGGAAGGUUAUCCAAGUGAUGACAAAAGAGAAUUGAACACUUCAGAAUUAAUUGAUGAUAAAAACAACAAAAAUUGAGAAAGCCUUGGAAAGUGUUUCAAAUUCUCGUGAGAGUUUUUUUUUUACACAAAGACAAUGAGAUUUUUGCUAGAAUAGACAAGUGAAUAUGCUCAAUUGCAUCAAGAUAAUAAUUAGUUCAACAUGCUACAGCUAACGAGUAAUACAAAUUGCAGGACUGUACAGACAUUCAAAACCAGACAGAAAAGUGAACCAAAGUACGAUGUGUCACUAAUGGUUUGUAGGCCAGAAACAAGAAUGAAGUCUUGCUAGGAAGGAGGAGAAAUAUCAAUUUAACUACGAUGAACAUCGCAGUAUCAGACGAGCAGAGCAGGAGCAAAUAUUUUACAAAAGAUGACGGAACAGCCGUUCACUCUCAAAGCAGAAGCAGUCCUACUUACGAAGGUUUUGAUAGUAACGUAGAAACUUCUUCGUGGUCGGAUGUAAGAGUGAAUGAUAUCUCUGUUGAUAUCUUCAAUACUGAUAGUCAAGAUGAUAAAAUGACAGAACCGUAUGUUUCUGAAGAUGAAUGCACACGGCUUGAAGAAGUUUAUAACGAGACUAGUUGUCAUGAGAUAAAUGCUAAUGAAACAACUGUUUUAUCUUCAGAUGUUUACAAAUCGGUUUUGUCUACACUAAAAGAAGUUAAUGAGAUGCAUCAUUUGAAAGAUCAACAUAUUUUUUUUUCUAAAACAAACAUUAAUGAUAAAAUGAAAAAACAAUAUGUUUUUGAAGAUGACGACACACGGCUUGCAGAAGUUGAUAACGAGACCGGUUGUCAUGAGGAAUUUUGUAAAACAAACGUUAGUGAUAAAAUGAAAAAACAGUAUGUUUUUGAAGAUGAAGACACACAGCUUGCAGAAGAUGAUAACGAGACCGGUUGUCAUGAGGAAUUUUGUAAAACAAACGUUAGUGAUAAAAUGAAAAAACAAUAUGUUUUUGAAGAUGACGACACACAGCUUGCAGAAGUUGAUAACGAGACUGCUUGUCAUGAGGAAAAUGGUAAUGAAACCCGUGUCUUAUCUUCAGACAUUUGCAACUCUGAUUUUUCUGCUCUAAGAGAAGUUAAUAAGCCACAUCAUUUGAAAUUAACAGAUCAAGAUAGAGUGUUUUCUAAAACAAACAUUGAUAGUUAUUCUUUCCCUAAAGAAGUUUAUCAACAAUCUUUAUUGAACAAAAUUCUAAGUAAUGAAAAAAACUGUAAAAUAAGUGUGACUAAUAAUACAUUUAGGCCCAAUCAAACAGUGAAUGGUGAAAAUGAUGAUAAAUGCACAUCCAUCAUUUCAACAACUAGAAAUGUUUUUAAUAAAAUAAGUGAAUCGAAUACAUCUCCUGAAAUAAACACAGAAAAUGAGACUUUUAGUUCGGUAAAAAAUAAAGUUGGCUUUAAAGAUAAUGAUUUCCAUUUAAAAAGAAAUUCUGUAGAGAAGUUUUUUUCUCAAAGAUUCGUAUUAAAGAAAGAUGAAGAACGAAUCAUAAAUGUAAAUAAUGAUGUUUUAGAUAAGGAUUUUAAAGGGGUUACUUCAUUACAGCAGUUAACCAAGAAAGAGAAAUUCUGUAAAGCUGAGGAUGAUGAAGUUAACCAAAAAUCUGAUCCCACCACCAUAAAAUAUUCUCUACAAAUAGAGAGAGAAUCCAGUCGAGUUGCACAAGAAAAUAUAAUCGAAGAGAUUAGUGGCAAGCACAUGAACUGUUAUAAGUGUGGAGAACAUUUUAUUUCCGAGGAGUAUCGUAAUAUGUGCACCAAGUGUCAAGCCAAGACUUUACAAGCGACACUGGUUAACACAGAGUAUAAACAAGCACCAACGCAUUCACCAAAACUACAAGCACAUUUGUUAGUCGAUGAGAAAUCGCAAGAUGAGGCUACCGGAUCUGUGUUUAAAGAAAACUCAAGAAGGAAGAGGACAUUAAAUAAUGAAUAUUUUUCCUGUAGUGAAGAUAUAGUUAGUCUAUCACCAGAUCAAAUGGUUAAAAGAAGGUGUUUGGAUAAUACGGGUUUAAAUGGCUCAAAAUUUAAACACCAAAGUAAACCGAUGCCAAAAAUAAAGAAGGAUAAUCUGUUGAUAAAAUACCUCUUAAGCACCAACCAGCAUGAAAGAAACACAAGCGGAAAGUUAUUAAAGCCUUAUGAAAUUAGCGAAAGUGAAAACAGGAUUGAGCCUGAAAACUGUGAAAAUUUGCAAGCCACACACUUGGUAGAAAAUAAUUACAAACAAGAAGAAAAUAAAAUUCACCCAAGACAGCUGGUGGAGAGUAAUGUAGUUUCUGACAACAAUUUAACAAACAAACAAAGAGAGAAACCACAAAUGCAGAAAGUAACUGAUACCAGUAAUUGUAAGCUUACUCGGACGAAUAAAAAUAUGAGGUUUGUAAUAAAGCAAGUAUGCAGUGGUUUGUUUUUAAAGAGAUUUGAUAAUGACGGUGGCGACUUUGAUGAUGUAAUCCAUGCAUCAGAAAAAAGUUCAGUUGAAAGUGAGACGCAGGAUGUUUGUGUCACCUUUAAAGAAGAUGGUAAUGAAAUGGAAACUAUCAUGAACACUUCAAUGAGUGAUGAGAAAUGUAUUCCAAUGCAUACAGCUAAUGUGGAAAAUAUACAUAACAACUUUAAUGGUCAGUCACUUAAAAUGGGCCAAAAGAAUUGCUCAAAACAUAAUUUUGUGGUUAAAGUAAAUAAAACUGUUGAAGAAAAACUGAAAUUAGAAGCUGUACGAGAGGAGGAAAUACAGAGCUUUGAAACAGGUAACAUAGGUAAAAAACUGUGCAGUUAUGGUGGAAAGCAAGGAGUCAUAAAAGACUUUAUACAUUUGAAUGAAAAGGAAUGUUUGAAUUCUGAGAAAACCAUUUCUGAUCAUGAAAAUCCAGAAGUUUCUCAACAUGUCUUAAAGAAAGAAACUGUUAAAGAAUCCCAAAAAUGCCCUGUUCCUCCAGAGAAAAUGGAUGCCUUGAAAUGUAUAGAAUCUAAAUCCAUUUAUGAAGAGCCUGAAUUGCAUGUUGAAAAUUCAUCAUUUGAAAAAUGCCCAGCUCCUCCAGAGAAAAUGGAUGUCUUGAAAUGUAUAAAACCUAAAUCCAUUACUGAAGAGCCUGAAUUACAUGAUCCAAAUUCUUCUUUUGAAAAAGAAGAAACUAAGCGAAAAAUCCAAGAAAAAAUAAUUAGUUUCUUGAAGGAAUCUUCUAAGUCAGUAACUCCCAUAGAUGAAUUAGACUGGCUAGCAGGAGCUAGUAUUAUAGAUUUAAAUUGUGGUCCUACACAAGCCAUAAAUUUGUUCACAAAUAAGUUACAAAAGAAUUUUGAAGAUCUUAAAAAGUUUGCUAUUGCACAGGAAGAUAUACCAGAAAUUACUGAAGAUUUAUUGGAGGAGAAGAAUCAUUUAUUAUCACAGAUCAAGAAGCAAGUAUUAUCACUAAGGCUCUUGAAAUCAACAGCAGACUAUCAGUCAUCAACUGUUCAGUGUGCUUCGAAGAAUGAAGAUGACACAUACAGGAACUCUGGGAUUACCAACAAGUACAUGGAUGGCAUUAGUCCUACAGAAUCAGGGUCUUCAUCUAAAUCUGUAAAUGUGGACUUGCACUCUUCACUUGGUGUAAAUAUGGAAAAUCAUAACUUGUCACAAGACCCAUCAUCAUCAUCACCUCAUCUUCAGAAUAAUUAUGUAAUUUCUAAAGCACUUUGUAACUCAGAUACCAGUGAUUGUUUUGGAAAUACUCUAGUUUCUUUGGCAUCAAAUACAUCCCGGAUGAAUUAUUCCAACUACCAAGACAGGUUCCAACUACUAAGGAAAGUUGCUGAGAAUUUUCAAGAUGCGGGUAUGUCUGUAAAUCUCACUCAAAAUUCUAGAUUGAAUGAAGCAUUUGAUUAUCAACCAUCUAGUCUGGUACCAGUUCAAAAGCAACAUCAUCAAACACUUGCACAAGAUACCAUGCAACUUCUUCAACCUGUUGAAAGCUUUGAUUAUCAACCAUCUAGUCUGGUACCAGUUCAAAAGCAACAUCAUCAAACACUUGCACAAGAUACCAUGCAACUUCUUCAACCUGUUGAAAGUUUUGAUUAUCAACCAUCUAGACUGGUACCUUGUCAAGAGAAGCAACAACAGAUGGUUAUUUCUAACAAUUCACAACAACAACACUACAGCAAGCUUUUUCAGUUACUUUCUAGUCAAAAAAGAUCAGUAACUUCAUAUUUGGCAUGCAAAGGAAAUACCGGUGGAGUUACUUCUCGACGAGAAGAUACAGCGUCCAGAGAGCAGCUACGGCAGUCUGACCUUACAGCCACUUCAACAUUAUCAGAACAGUGUGUUCUAAGUAUGAACCCUCAAAGUCAGCAGGCAACUAUAGGAAUUCCUUCAAACAUGUAUUAUUCAUUUCUGAAUAGUGCUAAUAUUUCUAAAGCAAAUAUUGGUCAAGAACAAACAGCUUCAACCACAAAUAGACUACUUCUAAACCAACAUGGUCAUUGUAGCUCAUGGCCAGCACUCCAAACACUUGACAAAAUAUUUCACCAAAGAACUAUAAAUAGUUCAAGGAAUUCUGCUUCUCCUGGGUCUGAAUGUACCUCUGUUAGUAGUAGAACUUCAGCAGAAAUGUGCUCCUCACCAAUUUUAGAAAGUGAAUUGAGAAAUGGACAUUUAAAUAAUAAUUUCGAUGUUUUGUUAAUGUCACCCAUCCAUCAAAAUCUGAAUGAAAGAACAGAAGAAACUCGACAAAAGGGUCCUCGCUCUGCUCUUGCUUAUAUUCCACAGCUGCAAAGAAGAGCUGUGCAUCAAAACCAUCCCUAUAAUUAUCCACAAGAUUUUUCAAAAACAGGAGAUAGAGCUAACAUACCAGGAAGUUAUUCUCCAUCAAAUAGGUUUGUCAAUCAGCAGGUUAGAACUUCUGGAAGAUCAUUAACUCAUCAACCUUGGAAUGAUUUAUCCCAUUUCAGAACAUUUGAGAGAGUGCCUAAUGAGUACUCUCAAACAAGUACAACGCCUAAUCCAGAAAUCAACAGAAGUCCUCAGAAUGUGUCUGCAAAGUGUAAUUUAUGUGAAAAAACAGCUAAAUAUCAAUGUACUGGAUGCCAUUCUGCUAAAUAUUGUGGACAAAGUUGUGCUUAUGUACAUUGGAUUAUCGGACACUCAAACGAAUGUAGAAUUCUGAAUGAGAUCAAUAGAACAUGACAACACAAGAAUUAAAAAUGAUUUUAGUAAAGCUUAAAAUACAUAUUAAUCAAAGAAAUUGAUAAACUGAUACUUGAAUAUGUAUGUGAAAGUAGUGCUUUAUCAAAAAUGGGAGUCGGAAAGAGUGAUGGUUUGACACCUUAAUCCUACACCUCAAACAGUAAAAAAAAAACAAUUGGGGUUGAAACCUUCUUAAUGCUUGACUAGCAAUGGAAGUGCAAUGCAUAACAUCCUUUUAGUGUCACUAAGAAAUAGUAAAAGUUACAGAGUAUGACAACUUCCUAGUGUUUCACAUCAAACAGUGGAAGUGACAGGGCAUGAUACCUUCCUAGUGUUUCACAUCAAACAGUGGAAGUUACAGAGUAUGAUACCUUCCAAGUGUUUCACAUCAAACAGUAGAAGUGACAGGGCAUGAUACCUUCCUAGUGUUUCACAUCAAACAGUAGAAGUGACAGGAUAUGACACCCUUAUAGCAUUUCACAUCAAACAGUGGAAGUGACAGGGCAUGAUACAUUCCUAGUGUUUCACAUCAAACUGUGGAAGUGACAGGGCAUGAUACCUUCCUAGUGUUUCACAUCAAACAGUGGAAGUGACAGGGCAUGAUACCUUCCUAGUGUUUCACAUCAAACAGUGGAAGUGACAGGGCAUGAUACCUUCCUAGUGUUUCACAUCAAACAGUGGAAGUGACAGGGCAUGAUACCUUCCUAGUGUUUCACAUCAAACAGUGGAAGUGGCAGGAUGUGACACCCUUAUAGCAUUUCACAUCAAACAGUGGAAGUGACAGGGCAUGAUACCUUCCUAGUGUUUCACAUCAAUCAGUAGAAGUGAUAGAGCAUGACACCCUUUAGUAUUUCACAUCAAACAGUGGAAGUGACAGGGCAUGAUACCUUCCUAGUGUUUAACUUCAAACAGUAGAAGUGACAGAGCAUGAUACCUUCCUAGUGCUUCACAUCAGUGGAAGUGAUAGGGCAUGAUACCUUCCUAGU